AUGAAGGAGGCGAAGCAAACGUCGCCGCCGCCGCCAAGCCCAACUGCUGACCAAGACAGUGCCGGCGAUGAUCGGAUCAGCGCCCUGGACGAUGACUUGUGCAAGUUCAUCCUCAGGUUGGCGCACCUCAACGUCAGGGAGCUGGUGCGCACGAGCGUGCUGUCGAAGCGGUGGCACGGCCUCUGGAAGCGCUUACCCGUCCUGGACUUCUUCGGGUGGCCGGAGUUCAAGUCGGCCGGCGAAGUCCAACAGUACAUCGCCAUCGUCAACGACGUACUGGAGCAGCGAGCGGGUGCGACAUCGGAAGUCCGCAUCGACGAAGUGAAGAUCCCGCUGUUAAUGGACGCGUACUCUCUCCACGGCCUGCCGCCGCAGCGGCAGCGGCUGCGGCUGAGUACUGUAGUCGUAGCCGUAGUCAAAGCCGCCGCACAGGCAACAGCCGAACAACUCCUGACUCCGGCCAUGGAAGCAGCUGAGGCGUGGAUUCGGCACGCCAUGCAUCACCAAGUGAAGGGCUUCCAGUUCAACCUUCGCCUGCUGCCACUAAAAAACAAGACGCCUGUAAUGGAUCUCGAUGAGCUUCUUCUUAGCUCCCCAAAGCUGGAGUGUAUGCGUUUGGGGUUAAGCAACGCAGAAGGAGAUGAGCGGCAAGUUGACUUGAUCAAAGAUAAGAUACCACAGCUUCCUAAUGUCACGUCUUUGUUGGUUAGCAUUGCUCAUACAUGUGAGUGCCAUUCCUUUGGAGAUGGGGUCGCAGGUCUCCUCACAAGAUUAAAAAAUCUCGAAUAUCUCAGUCUACAGUCAGAUAUCUGCCCUAAGACGAAUGAAUAUUACUCAGAAGAUGUAGACUCAGCUUUCACCUGCAACCAUCCAGACCACUGGGAAUCAAGCAAUAUCUCUCUAGCUAACCUCCGCAAAGCAGAUUUCAGGGGAAUGACGGGAACUGGCUGCGAACUCCGCUUUCUUGCGGUUCGUGCUCGCAAACGCCACAGAUCUUCAAAGUGUGACCGUAAGCUUCAACUUGUACUUCAUUGA